AGAAACUUUUCUCACCUUUCGCUUUCAAUGCAUCUUUACUCAUUUCUUCAUGUCCCUACUCCAACAACAAAAACCAGAACUUCAUUCAUCUUCCUUCUCCAUUACAAAAAAAACCUAACAUUUAAUCUCUCAAUUAAAUGUUUGUAGAAAUGAAAUUAAGUAGUAUGAUUUUCAAUCACUGAAUUUGUUUCUAGGUUUGCAGGUGUAACCUUGAUCUGUAAAGAUGAUUAGCCUCAAAACUUCAAGGUACAUGUUGGGGAUGAAACUAUGGAGUUAGAGUAUUGAGAGGUCUUGAAAUGGCUAACUUUGGUAGCUCUAAGAGCUAUGUUAACGGUAAGAAAAUAUCUUUUAUUUGUGAUGAUUCUCUAGAAGGAGCGGAGAACAGGAUUCUAGUUGAGAGGGUGGUUGGUGAAUCGUCUCUUCAACGAGAAUUCGAAGAUUUGAGUGUGUCAAAACGCCUAGUGAAAAGUGUUAGCCAGAAGUUGAGAAAGAAGAGUCAUAAAAAUGGUGGGGAGGAAGAGGGUGAAGAGCGGAGAGUUUCUUCUGGAUGCCUUGGUUUGUAUGGAAAAGGUGGCGGUUGUAAAGUGGGUGUAGACACAUGUGAUGAUUUUGGUGAGGGCAGCAAUCGAAGGAAGUCAAUUGUUGGGGAUGAAAUGAAGGGGUACCAGCCUGUUUGUGGCGAUGAUGAAGCUAUGGUUGAUUGUUUUCCGAAUGCUGUUGCAGAGAAAUUUUGGAAGAGAGGUAAUAGAAAGGAGAGAGAAUUUCAAUUUGGAGAACCACCCUCGCGUGAUAGGAUGGACCUUUUGCUUCCAGAUGAUGUUCUAGAAAUGUGUUUCAAGAGACUUCCUCUGACUGCUCUCAUGGCUUCUCGGCUUGUCUGCAAAAAAUGGAGAUAUCUAACAAGCACACCUCGUUUUUUACAAAUGAGGUGUGAUGGUUUGUAUCAGACGCCAUGGUUGUUCCUAUUUGGAGUUGUGAAGAAUGGUUAUUGUGCUGGCCAUGUACAUGCAUUGGAUGUAUCACUUGAUCAGUGGCACAAGAUUGACGCUAAAAUCAUCAAGGGAAAGUUCUUGUUCUCUGUUGCCACUAUUGGAGAUGAUGUGUACGUUGUUGGAGGUUGUUCUAGCUUGACCAGCUUUGGAACAGUUGAUAAGAGCUCCUUUAAAACCCACAAAGGGGUUCUAGUAUUUAGUCCCUUAACCAAGUCUUGGCGGAAAGUAGCUUCGAUGAAGUCAGCUAGAUCAUCAGCUAUUCUUGGAGUUUUUAAGGUCAGUUCUCACUCUUCUAUUUUUCGAAGUCAGAAAGACAGAAAAGAUCGGCGGUUUCCGAGGUCAAGAAUUGGCGGUGUUUCGGAUGUUUACGAGGAUCCUCAUAGGCUUUCAGUAAGACGUCAAUUUGGGAAUGCUUUUGACGAAACUGAUUCUUUAUUAGUGUCCAGGAGUAAAUCUUUUGUCAAACAUGAAAGGAACUUCUCAAAUCCAAAAGGAUUUACUAGGUAUGUUCUGAUUGCUGUAGGUGGUUUAGGAUCUUGGGAUGAACCUUUGGAUUCAGGGGAAAUUUUCGACCCAGUGUCGAAUAGAUGGAUAGAAACCAUGAAAUUGCCGGUAGAUUUCGGAGUCCUUUGUUCUGGUGUUGUUUGUGGUGAGACGUUUUAUGUUUAUUCUGAGACCGACAAACUUGCAGCAUAUGAUUUGGAAAAGGGUAUCUGGGUAGGGAUUCAGAUCACUCAAUCUCCUCCACGUCUUCAUGAAUAUUACCCAAAACUCGUGUCUGCCAAUGAUCGGUUGUUCAUGCUCUCUGUUUCAUGGUGCGGGCAAGAUUUUCAGACUGACAGAAGAGAAAAGGCUGUAAGGAAGUUAUGGGAGCUAGAUCUCGUGCCGCGUACAUGGACUGAAAUCUCUAGACAUCCGGAUGCACCUAUGGACUGGAACGCUUCAUUUGUGGCUGAUAGGGGUCGGAUAUUCGGGAUUGAGAUGUUCAAGAUAUUUGGUCACGUACUGGACUUCUUUACUGUAUGUGAUAUGUCGAGUUCGGAUCUUAAGUGGAAACAUAUUUCAAGAAAACAUGUAGCUCAAGAACUCGAUGCUUCUUCUUGCGUGACCAAGUCAUUAGCAGUAUUGCACCUGUGAUCUUCAAAAAUAACUCCCAUGAGAAUCCGGUGCUGUUAAGAUGACGACGUAUGGAUUUUUCAUGUUGUAGCAUAUCUUCAAAUCUAUUAUUUCUGUUUCUCCAAACUAAUGACAAUUUCAAGAUUUUAUUUUGAGAUCUUAAUGACCAAUGAAAAAGGAAGCUAAUGGAGUAUGCCUCCAUUGCAAUUUGGUGGACUGUUUGGCUUGAGCAUGAUAGGAGACUCUUCCAACGCAAAUCCAAACAGUCGAAGCUGCUCAUUGAUGAUGUCAAACGCCUGGGAAACAAUGAUUGACAUUGUGUAGUGUAGCUUAGCUUGUUCUUGGAUUUUUCUCUGUUUUUGUUUAGCUCUUUGUAGCUGCUUUGUACCACUCUCUGGCACCUCUGUGUGCUAACUCAGCUUUUAAUCUAUCUUGGCCCUUUUCUUGAAAAAAAAAAAGAAAAAAAUGAAGUCGCUUGCAUUUUGCUUUCUCCUG